CCAGCCAACUUCUGUUUGAAUUCGGUGUCCUUCUCUUAAGAUGCAACACGAUAAUGUGUUCAAGCAAAUCGAUUGCUGACCACAUAAUGCGACGAAUACGAAUUACGCGCUGGUCAAAGUUGGGGAUGGAGGCGGGGUUUAGCACAGUGACUCAGUGAGAUGGUUGUCAGCACUGCACUCAGCAAGCCCCAACAUGGAAAAUGUCAUUGCAACCCUUCGCCCUCAGAUCCUCAGGACUGAGUCGAAUCCCAGUCAGCCCGUAGUGGUAAUGACUUGUGGCAUCGCAGGCGCCGGCAAAUCAACAUUCUCAAAAGCUCUCGUUGCAGCACAUCCCAACUUCGAGCGUCUUUCCCUCGACAACAUUCUCGCAUCAAAGCACGGGCUCUACAGCGUAGACUACGCGCCGGAGAAAUACCCAGAGUACCUCGACGAGGCCGCGGAAGAAUGUCUCGCGAGGUUGAAGCGUCUUCUCACGGAAGAGAACAGAGACGUCGUCUUCGACCGGGCGUUCUGGAAUAAACCGGAUCGCGACGAGGCGAAGAGUCUUAUUGAGAGUCUGGGGGCUAGAUGGGUGCUCGUGUACCUCAAGGCACCUGAUAAGGAAACGCUAUGGAAGCGCAUAUGUCGGAGGAGAGAAGUGGAAGUCAAUGCGGAUUGCGCGUACCAGAUCACGCCUGAUAUCUUGGACAUGUAUUGGAGUGGGUUUGAAGAGCCUGUUGAUGAGGGUGCGAUUACGGUUGAUACUAGUGCUGCGAGUUCGACAUGACGUAUUCUCCGCAUCAAAUCAUGAGUUCUGAGUUGUGCAAUUGGGCCACUGAUUAAUGGGAAGGCGUUGGCUAGAGAGCGAUGGUGACCGAAUGCAGCGUCGAACCAUCUGAGAAGAGGGGGUUAGGCCGCAAGCAUGUAAUAAGACAGCAUAUCAUGACAUGAGAUCGACUUGGCGGCUUGUUACAGGGUAGAAUGCAGAGCUCGGUUGUUAACACCAUGUAGAUCUACUGGUCGCGGGAGGGAUCUGGGGUCUGUACUGAAUGCGUCUCGCUGAGAUUCAAGUGUGCCUUCAAUGGCACCAUCUGUUAGAUCUAUGAAAUAUAAGCUAUUUAGGUGAUAUUUAUCUUUUGAAUAUAAAGUACAGAGGUUUGGC